CGGAGCCAAUGGGACGGCAUGGAACGAGCUGCGCGCGGCGCGGACGUGGCGCGGGGGCUGGAGGCGCUGCCGGUGCCGGUGCGGGCGCCGCCUCCCCACGGGCCCGCCGCCUUCCAGUAUAGCCCAGAACACGUGACUGGAGCAGGUGAAGACAUCGACCCCUCUGAGAUCGUUUUUCCCGGAUGUAUUUGUCCCAGUGCCUCCUGCACAGCCACCACGUGUUCAUGCCUUCGCCACGGUGAAAAUUACAACAGUUUAUGCAUCAACAGCCUAGAAAGUGAAACAGGCUAUGCUAGGCCUAUUUUUGAGUGCAAUGCUAUGUGCCAGUGUAGCGAGUCCUGCCAAAAUAGGGUUGUGCAGAGGGGUUUGCAAUUCCAGCUGGAGGUGUUCCACACUGAUAAGAAGGGGUGGGGUCUUCGCACUCUGGAGUUCAUACCCAAAGGAAGAUUUGUGUGCGAAUAUGCUGGUGAAGUUUUAGGUUUCAAGGAGGCAUGUAGAAGAAUACAGGCACAGACACCAGAUGAUUCAAACUAUAUUAUAGCUGUAAGGGAGCACCUUUACAAUGGACAGAUAAUGGAGACGUACAUUGAUCCUACCUAUAUAGGUAAUGUUGGCAGGUUCCUGAACCACUCUUGUGAGCCAAAUCUGUUUAUGGUCCCUGUUCGAAUAGACUCAAUGGUGCCUAAAUUAGCGCUCUUUGCAGCUACAGACAUCCUUGCCGGCCAAGAACUCUCAUAUGAUUAUUCUGGAAGAUCCCAUAACUUACCAGGACCUAAAGGCGAUGGAGAAGUCUUGAAGGAAGACAGAGGAGUAAAAAAACCCUGUUACUGUGGUGCUAAAUCCUGCAUUUCUUUCUUGCCUUUUGACAGUUCUCUCUACCCCACACCACGUAAAGAAAGUUGUGUUAAAGAUUCUGAGUUUGAUUCCUAGAUUCCCUAGAAACAGCUAAUGGAAUGUUAAUUGAAAUAGAUGCUAUUUUUACUAAUGAUUAUUCCUUUUUGUUGAAUGUUCACCUCCUCUCUAACAUAUACCCAAGAAGAACUACACUAGCAAGACACUGGAGGGAGGUGGGGAAAUGGAAAAUUAACUCCACUUAAGUAGUUAUAUCUCCUUAAAGUUGAUGCCAAAACCAAAAUCAGAACUGACUAAAGGAUUUAAAGCUAUUGCUCACACAUACUGAAGUGUAAGAGGUACUCGUCUUCCAUCCAUCACAUCUCACGGUGUUUUCAAGAGGCAGUUGACAUAACCUUUUUGCUACCAUAAGGGUUUAAUGCUUACAUAUUAUGCAAGUGACACAGAUUUACUAUACAGCUGUUGCACAAACUAAGCAGAUGUGUAGUAGUGCUGCAGGCAAGCGUGCCGGAUGAUAUGAAAGAGGGAAAAACCGGCCAAUUUUAGACGUUGAGAUUGCAAUGUACCUCUGUACUGACUGGUAGAGCUAGCUUUGGGCAAAAACUAGGAUGCUAGAGCUCAUGCAUCCUGAAUGCCCUUUGGCAGUUUCAAGGUAGAUAAGAGAGGCUGGCAAGACAUAUCAACAGGGGAGUGGUUCUCGCAUCUAGCCUUCAACUUCAUUGUUUUAGUUUGUAUGGGUUUGCUUCACUUUACACGAAGGUAUCCAAAACCAAAACAAAGGAGGUUAAUCACAAAGAAAUGCACAAGGAUAGAUAAAAAAAGUCAGAUGAUUACAAAUUAGAACUAGAAAGGAAGUGGAGGGGUAGAAGUGAAAGCUGGCACUUGCAAAAGGCAAUGUCAGCUUUAUUCUUAACAAAAUUGGUCUCAGCACAAAUUUUUGAAAAAUAAAAGCUAUUAAAAAAAGACUCCUGAAUUGCCUUAACCAUUCAGCAGCUUGAUUAAUUACAAUUAAACUUGGGAUCCAACUCUGUUCCGUUA